AUGGCUCCCUCGUUGCCCGUCUAUUCCAGAGAGGAGCUACGGGACCAUUACCCGCAUUUGUUUCCGGAGCGAUUAGUGGACGAAAAGGGCAGAGAGAAGUUGAACUUGGACAACUGCAAGCUGUGGUCGCUGACGCAGCACCAGUGCACGUUUGACGGAGACAAGACGAUAUGCGUGCCGUUCAAACGGGUUUUCGCACGGUGCAAAGACACAGAAUAUUACUCCAGGAAAGAGCUGAGUGGGUUCAGACUGCUUCCUGAGCAGAGGGGUGAGAAAGAGACGGAAACGUACCGCAACAUCGAGAUCACCACCGAGAAAGAUAACCCUUACAGCGCCCAGGACCCGUUACUGGCGGACUUUUUGCGUGCAGACAAAGUGCUGCACCAGAAAAUGAACCAGUACUACGAGAAUAUCAUCAAAGAGUCGCAGAAUUAG